AUCAUCAGCUCGGAGCACUGUCGUGCGAUUGUAGCCGCAGACGGCCAAUCUGCACUUGCAAAGUGCUGCAUACGGGUGCGUUUCGCAACGGUCCAGGGUCGGUGUCAGCCCCUCCCAGGCCCCGCCCGGUCAUGGAGGGCUGCCGACGGCUGCUCUGGUGGCUGGUGACGUCACUGGCCUUUGUCUCUUGCCUGGGGGCUGACGGGCCGGAGGGGAUCUGCGCCGUGCCCUGCUGCACCGCGGAGCCCAGCUGUGCCGAGGCCAGCCGAGUUACCUGCGACUGCGAUAUGGACACCAUAAUUUUUCGCGGUGAUGGACCGGCAUCUUUGCAAGAAUUGCUCGUUGUAAAAGCCAAGGCUGUCAUUAUCCAGGGAAACGCCUUCAGCAGCUUGACACAGCUCGCGAACUUCAGCAUCCGCAAUACUCACAGCGUAGUCAUAGAAAAUGGAGGGAUGGCCUUGCAGAAUCACUCGGCGCUGACGCUGUUUCGCAUGGAAGACAUCGAAAGCGUUCAGAUUGACAGUCAGGCCGUAAGUGGAUUUUGGGGAGAAGGUGUCAAUGUUGAGUUGGUUAGAAUUGCCAAACUUCACGUCAAGAAUGACGCCUUCCGACUCGACUCCGAAACUCUGGGGCCCAGAUUGAUGCUGCAGGACAUCAAUAAGCUAGCCUUAGGUUCGAGAGCAUUUUCGGGGCCGGUCGCCGAAAUGUCGCUGAAUAAUGUUCUCAUGGAGGUGUGCCCUGGUCAAAGUUUUGGCGGUGAAGUUUCUAACACCAUUUUCAACAACGUGAAUAUCACCGAUGCCAAGCCCGAAUGCUUUACUGGAGCCGACACCAUGAAGGCAUUCUCUAUUCAGUCCAGUCGCAUAGAAGUUCUUCAUCCUGGGGCGUUUUCUGGAAAGCUACAAAAGCUCAGUAUCAGUAGCAGCGAAAUCUUGACAUUGCACGAGAAAGGCGUAAAUCUGACAGUGGGAGAGCUCAAAGUCACUGAUUUGUUUGUUCAGAUACUGAAUCCGAGUGGAUUUUCAGUUAUGGCAAACGACUCGAUCCACCUGGAAAAGGUUCGAAUUGAAAGACUCGGAAAGAAUGCGCUGAACAGCAUGCUCAUCAAACCUACGCCUUCAGGCUUCCUUCCGCCGGUCAACAUCCACCAGAUGGAUAUCACCGAGGCCGAGCCGGGCUCGCUGACGUUCUCUGAGUGUGCCGACGUGGCCGUCACAGACCUGAGAGUGCGCUCGAUGUCGACAGGUCUCUGCCCCACGGAGAACCUGACACGCGCACUGUGCGCCGGUCCCGACAGCGGGCCGCUCAGUCCGACACAGGAGGCGGUCUUCUGGCAGCUGUACGAGCAGAGUCUGUGUGACCAGGACGCCCAUUUGCCUUUCCCAGAGGUAGCUGGCAGACACCGGUGUGACCCAGAACGCCUCCGCAGCCAACUGGCCGGUGAGACGACGGACCUGGAGGCCGCUCGGGCCUUCGGAGAGCACAACCUGCCAAUCCGAGCCUUGAUCCGAGCCGACGUAAUCAAACCAUCGGGCAGCGGUCCAUCCCACCCAUCUACUGCGGACGCAGGUGGACAUGAUGCAAAAAAUCAACAGCACAAUGAUGGAAAUGGAAGCCGAUAUCCUGCGACAGAGGUCAACAAAAUGGAGAGAGCAGAGACUCCGGCUGGCAAGACAGAGGGCACAGCAGCAGAAGAGAAAGGCGCCGCCCGGGCAUCUAGAGUACAGCUGACACCUGACGACGCUCCGACACAAGUAUCUGGUGAAGGGGAAGCUGCGCCUCACUCCGAGAGAGAUAAGCGUCAAGACGGAGGGCCCGUCGUCGCUUAUUCAGCUCAGCUGAAGAUGGAAGGAGAAACGCACAUUCAGGAGAAAAUGGAAAAAGAAAUUGACAUCGAGGGCAAAACGAAAGAGGACGGGGACUUGAAGAGAGAGAUGGGGGAUGAAAGAAUUGACGUUGGUGGCAACGCAAAACAAAAAGUUGAGGACACGGGUCCGAAUAAAACUGCCAGUUCAGCGGGCGGGAGCUCGACGUCCUCCAGCGACGCCGGGGCUGCGGAUCUGAGCAUGUCGGCGGCGCGGCACCAGAGCCGGCUGAUGCUGUUCCUGGCGCUGGGCGUGGUGCUCUCGCUGACCGCCGUGCUGGGCGUGGCGCUGGUGGCCGUCCUGGUGCACCGCAGACGCCGCCGCCGCCGCGAGGCAGCAGCAAAGCCCCCUCCCGACAUCGUCCAGUCGUCGUCGUCGUCGGCCGUCGAGGCGGCGCUGAUGGUGCUCGCCAACCGGGUGCUCCGUCAGGGCGGCGGGGAGGGCGCGGAGGUCGGCGGCCAGAAUCAGCAGGGGUCGGGACGCGCCACCGUCUACAGCCAGAACGUCUAUGAGCCGAUCCGGCCGGAGCUGGUGCAGCUGCAGCCGCUGCCGCAGCCGCAGCUAAGGCCGCUGCCGCAUCAGCAGCCGCUCAUACGGUUCGAUAGCUACGACGGCAACACGGAGAGUUUCAGUUAUCAACAUCUGCUUGAUCGCUAAUGGUAAUGGUAGAUAUAAUAAAUAAAUUUGCUACCAUUUUUAUGAAAUAAAUAAAAAAUUGUAAAUUUGCCUGUCCCGUAGCUCAGUUGGUGGAGCGCCGGACUCCCGUUGGUGAGAGCCCGCGCGGGUUCGAGUCGCUCCGGCGCUCGAUUUUUGAGACUCCUGACAGAGAUGGUCUGCGGUUGGUGGGAGCAGCCGCAGCCUGUUGAAAUCAGUUGAGUGGGACAGGCCGUGUCCGGCUUUGAAGGGCACGUUAAACUUUGGCAUCUAAAAUUCUCCCGUUACCCGGAAUUGCGUGAUCGGACGGUAGGGUCGGGGUCUACGCAACAAGCUCUGCUUAGCGUAGGCUCCAGCUCUGUCAUCCGUCCAUUCAAACAGAUUCGAACUAAAUUUAUAUUUAAAAGAAAUGGUAAUGGUGGGUGGGGAACGGAAAAGUUGGAACACGUUAAGAGGCAUGUUCUUUUAUGAUAGUUAGGUACUAAUGAAGUUAAUGGUGAAUUUGGGUGUGAUUGCUGAGUUUAAUUUUCGGGAAAUCGGUCAAUCGAACUAGAUCAAACCGUUGUCAAUAAUGCGUUUGUCAAUAAAUGUGAAGGGCAAUGCUAAGACUGGUCUGUUGAUCUUAAAUGUGUGCUAGGUUUCUACUCUAAGUGCAUAAUUCAUCAGGAGUGCAUUAAUGGGAUUAUUAGUGGGAUUUAAUCAGGAGUGACAACAAUGUGCGUUUACUUCGAUGACAUGAUUGAAUAUGAGGAUAAGACAUUUCCAAGCCGCUUAUGGUUGCUGUGCGCUUAAGAAAAAAAAAAUAAACAAAAAGGCGAUAAAGCGAUGAAUACUGAGUCUGUGCUUAA